GUCAAGAAAAAUGUAUGAAACGUCUGAUAUUGUUGUCCCUCUUGAUAGACGGCUACCAUAUACCACACCAUGGCCAGAGGAAACCAGAGGGAUCUCGCUCGCGCGAAGAACUUGAAAAAGCAACAAGAGGCUAACAAGAAGAAGGAGACGGGCGAUCCAGCCAAGAGAAUGGAGACUCACGCUGAAAUCAUGAGACAAAAGCAAGCUGCUUCUGACGCCAGAAAAGCUGCCGAAGCUCUUACCGGCAAAAAGUAGAGGGUUAUCCCUGUCCACAAAUGUGGUAAAUGUUUUGGGCGACACGGUCCACUGAUGAACCAUUUGCCAAGCCCGUUUAGGUUGCGUGGUUUACAAGCAAGGUCGGUUAGUUAAUCUUCAGUGGUGAUCCGUUGGGUUCUAUCAUUUUAUAUAUCGGUUUUAUUCCAGGGGAUGCUUUCCCCGCGUUUCAACUGAAAAAUACGUUUGUUCUCCGAA